AUGUUCUUACUUCGGCGUAACGAAAAUGAGUCAUCCAUUAAUAUUUUCUUGCGGCAGAUUAUUGCUCUUGAAUGUCGAGAUUAUUCCGAUCCAUUCUCCUACAAAUCCAUAAAAGUUAAUUGCGAUAUUAUCAAAAACGAAAACUAUGCUAGAUUUUUAAACUCAACCAAGUUUGUCUCUCCUAGCAGUGCAUUUGUAAUUGAUUUUACUUGUGGUUCCAGCGACGUAAAUUUGUGUAAAAAAGCGAAAAAUGCUUUCUUAUCGGCUGGUCAGAGAAUUGCAUCGGUUAUUCAAUUUAAUACACCUAUAAAUGUAAAAGCAUCAUUUGAUAAACUAUCAACGAAUACUCUUGGACAAGCGUCUCCCGCUCGACUCAUUCCAUUAAAAGAUCGAGAUGGAAUAAUCAGACUUUAUCCUCAAGCUCUUGUAAAACAGAUGCAGUUUCCUAAACAUCCAGAAUUUAAUAACUAUGAUAUUUUAGCAGAAUUUACCACCACAGCCAAAUGGUUCUUUAAAGAAGAUGUGAAUAUACAAAAAGAUCAAUACGAUUUUGAAUAUGUCAUUACUCAUGAAAUUAUACACGGACUAGGGUUUAUUUCUGGAUGGAGAGAAUGGUUUCUCUCGAGCCUUUCAGACUUGACACCAUACCCUCUGUUUUUAGAUGAUAGCACAGAUCCAAAUAAAUUAAUAACAUAUACUGGUUUCUUCGAAAUGGCCUUUGAUAGAUAUAUGAUGUUGAAUCUCACGAAAAAAACAAUGAUAACAACUCUAGCUCAAGAAAUAAAUAGAUUUGCUCCAAUUGGAAAGAAGUUUGCCUCACUAAGUUCAUUUGAAAAGGAAUUUCAAAGUUCACCCCAAGCUCUUAUAGCGAAAAAUCUAUCGCUUGCGGCAAUAAUCCCAUAUACUAUGGAUUUCGUGACACAUGAUUCUACUCCAGUUAUCCUCGAAACAUCAUUAAACCCCUACUCAAUUAAAUCAAGUAUUUCUCAUGUAGACACCUUAUACACGGAUACUUCUGAUUUUUUAAUGGUAUACGAUUCCAAACACGGUAUCCGGUUUGAUGAUCUUGCUAAAAAUUAUGGAGGCGUAAUAGGUUCCAAACUCAUCAAAGUUUUGGAAACAUUAGGGUGCGCAUGA